AUGCCUGAGAUGUUGAAGCUGGACACUGGUGGCUCAGGUGAAGACGUCAUUUACUCGUACACUAUAAAACAGGAACGCAUCUCCAAGCAUGGAAAAGCCAUCGAUUUCGCCAGCAAGGCGGCUAAGGAGGAUAAAGCUCAGAAUUAUGAGGAGGCUCUGCGUCUCUACAAGUGUGCCGUUCAGUACUUUCUUCAUAUGAUGAAAUAUGAAGUACAUGGUAAGAAAGCUAAACUUUGCGUCCGGGAGAAGUGUUCUGAAUACUUGGACAGAGCUGAGAAGUUAAAGGAGUAUCUAAAGAAGAAAGAGAAAGCUCUGUCUGUCAAAGAGUCACAGUCUGAUGACAAAAGUGAUGAAGGUGAUGAACCUGAGCAAAAGAAGUUCCAAAAUCAGCUCUCAGGUGCAAUUGUUAUGGAGAAACCAAACAUCAAAUGGAGUGACGUCGCUGGUUUAGAAGGAGCCAAGGAGGCGCUGAAAGAAGCCGUUAUUCUUCCAAUCAAAUUCCCCUACCUUUUCACGGGAAAGAGAACUCCAUGGAGAGGGAUCUUGCUAUUUGGACCUCCAGGCACAGGCAAGUCCUAUCUGGCUAAAGCUGUUGCCACGGAGGCAAACAACUCAACGUUCUUCUCCAUCUCCUCGUCUGACCUCGUCUCUAAAUGGCUCGGAGAGAGUGAAAAAUUGGUGAAGAAUCUUUUCACCCUUGCGAGGGAACACAAUCCUUCCAUCAUCUUCAUCGAUGAGAUUGACUCGCUGUGUGGCUCAAGAAGCGAGAACGAGAGUGAAGCCGCUCGGCGUAUUAAGACAGAGUUCCUUGUUCAGAUGCAGGGUGUGGGGAAUAACAAUGAAGGAGUGCUGGUACUCGGGGCAACAAACAUCCCGUGGACCCUAGACUCCGCCAUCAGAAGAAGAUUUGAGAAAAGGAUCUACAUCCCGCUGCCUGAAGAGCACGCCCGCUCCUUCAUGUUCAAGCUCCACCUGGGAUCGACUCCCAGCAGUCUCAGUGAUUCUGACUUUGUCACUCUGGGCAAGAAGACGAACGGAUACUCUGGAGCAGAUAUAAGUGUAAUUGUCAGAGAUGCUCUAAUGCAGCCAGUUCGAAAGGUCCAGUCAGCAACCCACUUCAAACGGGUACGAGGCCCAUCCAGGACAGACCCCAACUCUUUUGUGGAUGACCUCUUGACUCCUUGUUCACCUGGGGAUCCCAACGCAGUUGAAAUGUCGUGGAUGGAUGUCCCCGGGGAGAAGCUAUUGGAACCUAUAGUAUGCAUGUCGGACAUGCAGAGGUCUCUAACCAGCACGAAGCCAACAGUCAACGAUCAAGAUCUGGACAAACUGAAAAAAUUCACAGACGACUUUGGACAGGAAGGCUAGGUGGGAUGAAUCGGCCAAGUCAAACCAAAGCAAUGAAAAAAUGUUACAAUGAGUUCACUAUUUAGUUAUUGGUUGAUGCCUCCAUGUUCAAAUGGUACAGAGAAAAUCAUAAAAUCUGCUUUGAGGAGGACUUAGAAAACCCUGCUUUAUGAAUGUUGA